AUGGCAGUAGAAUCAGUAGAAGUAGAAGAAGCAGAGGAGCCAGUGGUAGUACUGGCUAGUGGUAGUACUAGUCGUCGUCGUAGUCGUAGUAGCAGUAGUUUUCGUAGUCGCAGUCGUCGCAAUAGUCGUCGUCGUCGUGGUCGUAGUAGUAGUAGUAGUAGUAGUAGUAGUAGUCGUAGUAGUAGUAGCCCUAGUAGUAGCAGCAGUAGUUGUUUCUUCAGCGAUUUCUUUUUGAGAACCGUGCUGCACCGAGGCCCGCUGGAUGAGCCGGUGGGUGCACCCCAGGAGAGCUUGAGGCAGGCAAAGAGGGAUAAGGCGCUUCACGGCUCGCUUGUGGCUCAGGACGAAGAUGUUGUCAUGAUCAGGGCAGCGAUCCCAUCACAAGGCAUGGGCCACCUCGCCUGCCCAGAUGACUCAGCAGACAGCAGUACUGAUGAGGCACCCGUGGAGUUGCGUUUUCACGAGCCGACCGCCGUUCGUAUGCGCUUCUUCAACUUUAACAUGGCCAACAUCGCGGCCCUGGACCCCUUCGUGGGCAUGUUUGCACAGUUUUUAGAGCAGCCUUUUAGCGACGGGGCUCCGGUUGACCUGGCCUUCGUUGCGCUCACGGAGGCCCGCUUUAAGAUGCGGGGCUUCGUCGAAGAACAGCUGGAGGCUUGGCAUCGGAAGCCUCCAGCCUCUGGCCUGGACACCUUGGUGCACCGUGAUGCCUUGCGGAAGAAGACUACCUCGAUCUACAAUCCUUUCUCCUGGUGCAGGAAAAAGCUCGUUCAGCGUGUCGUUGGCAAUGUCAAGACAGUCCUUGGUUUUCGGCAGGAGCUCUUUCAAGUGGAGCAGGGGGAGACGCGCCUCGAUGGUGCUUUCACCCUGAACCCGGAGAAGGCCUUGCUGGGUUCGAGCAUCGUGCGCCGAGGCGAUGGGCUGAGGCUCUGCUUCUUCGGCACCCAUUUCCCCAUGCGACGGCUGCAGAUGGUGCUGACAAGCAGCUUGGAGGCUUCAGAAAAGCUGAUGGCCGCCAAAAUCGAGUACGCCCGCGUACUGCGUGAAGUUCUCUGCAAAGUUAUGGCCUGGGAGCUGACGAAGCAGAACACGGUGAUUUUCGUUCAGGGUGACCUGAACAGCCGAACCGUCUUCGAUGACCACGAGUCAGGGGGAAGCCAGGCGAAGGAUGUCCUCCUCGAGGUACUGAACGACGCCAGCCUCAUGGCAGCGAUCUCUAGCGACCUGCGUCUUCCUCACGGGCGGUGGCACGAG